ACUUCUUUCUUUCUAUUGAAAUUACUUACAGGAACAAGGGUUGUGUUUUGGGAUCUUAGAGAUGAGUUCCUGUUUCAUUUAUAUCGCGGUAAUGUUGAAAGCACUCGGUUGGAGAAUUUCCUUCCCGACUUUGACAUAGUUCUGGACAAUGUGUGUGGAUUGAUCGAUGACUCUGUUAGAGAUCCUGUGGUUUUAAAUAUUUAUAAGGCUUCAUUGGAAGGCUUUGUUUGGGUAUUUCUUGAUGGAGGUCCUUGCCGUGCCUUCUCUGAUUCGGAUAUCAUCUUUAUGGAAGAAGACCUGUUGAUGCUAAAGGAAUUUUUCGUUGCCGAUGGAGAAGGCCUUCAGCGGUCAUUAGUUGAGCAGGAAGCAAAAUAUGCUAAACGCAUUCUUCACAUGUUUUCUCUUCAGACUGAAACUGUUAUUCAAAUGCUACUGACUGUAAGUGAGCUGAUUUCAAUGGGAUUAGAUUCAAACAAGCAAGGUCAUACGAAUAUGGGAGAUGCUCACACUUUAAUGCGAGUAUUAUGCCACAAGAAAGAUAGAGAGGCAUCAAAGUUCUUAAAAGUGCAAUAUCAGCUACCCAUGUCUUCAGAUUACGAUGAUUCUCCCUUAGGCGAUUCAACCUCAAGAUCACCUCUUUUAUCAGAUGUUCUUAAUCGAAGCACCUCAACUCGCUGGAACAAGAAAGGUCAAAGUAAUUUAAAAUCAGUGAAGAAGAAAAUUCAAGGAGCAACAAAUGAAAUCAGAAAUUUUGCAAGGUAAUGUAACUGCGCAUUCAUGUAAUAUAAAGGCUUCAUUUAUCUUCAUGAAAUCUCAGUAGAGUUUUUUGUAGCUGUUCCCUUGUGCUCGGAAAUAUGCUAGAUCUCUAAAACAAAUUUAUUUGUAGUUCCAUACAAGUAAAAAGGUGAAUAGUGGUAACACCAGGUAGGGAAUUAAGUUAUAUAUAUUGAUCAAACUGGAAAUUUUCAUUUCGGGUCAGAUUUUUGUCCCUUCCCCUCCCCUUUUCUUGGUAAAUAUCUUAGUUUUUGUGGGUUUGAAAUAGUAAAAAGAGAAAGUUAGUUUUCAUUCCAUUUUCUUCUUCUUGCUCCAUCAGAUGAUGUAAUAGGCUGAUUGAAUCCAUUUUUAUUUUCUA